GCAUGGUCUGUUCUAAGAGAGAGGGCCAAAACGAAUCCAGAAAUUUUAGAUGCUAAUCCCGGAAAUCAUCUUAAGAUGGUGGACAGUGGGAAAUACUGCUAUCUAGGAUCGGAUUACUUUCUGGAAGCUCACCAAGGAAAGGACUGCACAUUGAAACUGAUGGACAGCCCAGUUUCAUGGCAACAUUUAGCCUUCGGAAUGCCCAAAGGAUCACCACUCAUAGAAGAAUUUGAACGCACAUUAUACAUUCUCAAUCAAAUCGGAUUUAUUGCAAACAGAAGGAAGAAAUGGUUUAAAAGCAGAGAUCCUGAAGAGUGUCGGUCUUCACCAUCAGCGAAACCCGUCAACUUGGCUGAUAUUCAGAUUGCGUUCUACCUGCUGGCAACGGGAACUCUCCUUAGUAUUGUGAGCUUACUUUUAGAGAUUGCAAUUGCUUCAAGCAAGAAGUGCUAACUGUUAAAAUGCAAAUAUUUAUUGACAUUUGUUUUAGCAAUACCUGACAGUGGUAUUAAAAUAUUCAAAUCAUAAAUAAUAGUUUGUAAUUUGCAUUAGGGAAUGGUAUUAUAUGAUGGCCAUGCGAGAUGAUGCCUUUGACAUGAACAGUGAUGCAUUAAAUAUGUAUGAUUAAUCAUUGAUGAGUGUGCGAAAUAAUUCACCCGUCGAGUACUGCUUGUAAGAAGACUGCCACUACCUGCCUCGGUGGUGUAGUGGUUAA